UCUUGUCCACAUACCUGUUGCGUGUUACCACAUGCUCCCGACAAAUUCCGAGCCCUUCCUCUCCACAUCUGAGUGUGCAUCCACGAUUGGUAGCACUAGAUACGCCAGUCGCAUCAAAGCGUAAAUACAAGGGAACUCAUAAAGGAGCCGUAUCUUUGAGAAGUCAGAGGAGACUCCAAGAUGGCGUCAGUAGCACCCCCGAGGCGGUUCAGAGUCGAGCCUAUCGAAACCUCAGCUAGAUCGUCCAAGGAACAAUAUCAGACACAACAACCAGAAAAAUCGGAGCCAGCACGAAAGUUCGCACCGGAGCCGAUCGAGACCACCAGCAGAACCAGUCGUAGGUUUGCGCCUGAACCCAUCGAAACAACGCAGAAGACAAAUCGCCGAUUUGCCCCUGAGCCGGUAGAAACUACGACAAGAAGCAGUCGGCAGAAGUUCUGCAAGGAAUGGGAAGAUCAAAUCUCUCCAAGGAGGCUCAAACCUGAGCCAGUGGAGACGAUGUCAUAUAGCAGUCGUAGAUCUAAGGAUGCACGGAUACAGCCUACUAGAAGGUUUAUGCCUCAGCUUGUUGAGACUGCUCAACGCUCCCGUAGGACAGGUGACGCCGUACCAACGAUAUCUACUUCUGAUAAGACAGAGGCAACUCCUAAUGGCUGCGUCAGCGCUCGGGAAUCACGGAUACUAGGUAUCUUACCAACAGUACCACAUAACACGCCAACUCUUGAUCUGUCUUGCAAUCCUCUUUUCUUGGAGAUUCAGCGCGCUGCGUCACCCUUGACAAGAAGGCGGUCAUAUUUCAGCUCAUCCCAGCACUCCUUCCGGGUUCCUGACCUAGACCCCAUCGAGUCCUCUGGUUCGGAAGCCUCUGGUCCACCCUCACCAACCACGUCCCCAUCUGCUAAGUGUGAUAACUCGUUCCGAUUCAAGGGCAUCACACCAAGACAGGAAAGUGAAGACGAAAGAGCUUCCGGUCACCUUCUUGAGCUGGCCGCGAAAGCUGCCGAACGACAGUUGCGAGAACAAGCAAUGGCCGCUUUCCCCAACAACGACUAUCACGAACGCAUCGAUCACUACAUAGAUCGUGAUUCUGAAGAGCCAAUUCCUUACCCCGAUGAGGCCAUGAGUAGACGCGAGUCAUCCUUCAGUGAAACGAAUUGGGAGCUGGAAGCAAUGCGAAAAUAUCAAGAGAAGCAGAAGGAAGACAAGGAGAAGCAGGCGAGGCAGGAAUCUCUUUCAAAAGAACACUCGAUGCAGACAAAAACAGCUUCUAAGCUUGCUGGAAAGCCAGUGGGAUUGUGGGCAGCUAAGAAGAUCGCGGGUGAAAAGAUGAAUCCUGAAAUGGAAAGAAUGCGUAAAGGAGCGCGUCCACCAAUGUUGGGAAAGAACAUCAAGUUCCCACGGUGUUCCUCGCCUGAACCAUCGCGCUUUGAUCCCACUCAGGGUUGCGAUAUCGUCCGGACGACGAUGUGCUAUUUAUCAGAGCAAUCCAGAGCCGCCGAAGAGAAGGGAGAAAGUCUCUGGUGCGGUAAGGGCAAUGGAAAGCAGACAAGCAAGACACCCUCUCUAUGGUCCAGCGGGAGUAGAACUUCCAGCACCCACGGAUUGUGGGGAGGGUUUUGCUUGAAUGGAGGAGACAAGUCUCCUCGAGGGCCUACUGGUAUCCUCACCCCAUCCCACGAAAAAGCAAAUCCAUUCUCGCCUUGUCCAACGCCUGCCAUGAGUCUGCUGCCGCCUACACCUCCUACCUCCGCAGCAGAUUUCUCCAGCAUUGAUGAAAAGCUCGCCAUUGAGCAAACUAUUAUUGAAGAUUUCGGAGACGAUUUCGUCACCCAGGUAUACAAUUACCUGUCGCUGGGGUACCCAUCGAUGGCGCGUCCUUUCGAUGAAGAGCUGUCAAAAAUCUCAAAAAUACCUGUAUCUGAGCUAAGGCAAGAUGAUCACCUUGCAGCAUCUAGGGGUUACAUUCGCUUGGGCAAAGACGGCAAUCUCGCGGAUUCGGAGAUAACCGAGGAGACUUGCGUGCGGUGGCGAGCACUACGUCUUUACAUCCAGGAGUGGGGGAGACAGCAUCCUGGUAUGGCGGACGAGGAGCAGGGCCGCGGAACCGCUGUCAGGAAGGGAAGCUGGGCUGUCUGAGUGGUCUUUGCUUAUGUCGUUGUGGAUUUUGCAUGUUUCUAUCGAUUUAGCGUGUACAUCUUUUGAGAUCUUGGUUCUAGAUCUUUUGUAAUUUUCCAACAUUCGGCGUACUCGUAUAUUUUCUUACCUUCCGAAAUUGUCGGACAUGGCGUUCAAUAGGGGACAGGGUCACAUGGCAUACUCGGUGAGGGAUUUAUGUUCGCACUUU